AUGCUCCUCUCCAUCAACAAGGUGGGUGCCGAUGACAAUGCCGGCUCACCACAGUCUCUGGAUGAUGGGAAAACUCUGGUGGAUUCAUUGAUGAAGGUGGUGGCGUGCUACCGGCAGCUGUCCUCCUGCGUGGGAGGCUGCACGGACAGCGUGGACCUGCGCCACCAGCUACGGCGGACGCGGGAGCGGGCCCAGGAGCUGGCCACAGCUAACCGCCAGUGCCUGACGACCCGUCUGCGGGACAAACGCCUGCCCGAGGAAGAGCGGCGAGAAGCCGAGCUCCUAUGGGUGGCCUUCUCCUCCUGCCUGGAGCUCCUCCAUGCUGACAUGUGCAAGGUCUUCAACAUUGGGCAGAGCUUCUCCCUAUCGGACAGGGUCAAAACCUUUGUGCAGACUGGGAUUCAAGGUGAAACCUCUGAGAUGACUGCUCGGGCCCUCAGCCUGAGAGACCUGAACCACAACGAGGCCCCGUCUAGCGUGGAGCGGCUGGAGCAGGGUGAUCUGGAGGCGGAGAUCGCUCAGGUUGACCAGAUGAUUGAGGACAUGGAGCAGAAGGUGAACGUCCUCCGCUGGACGGUGGAGGCCAGCGGGCCGCAGUAUGCCGACCCUCUCAGCGCUGACAGCGCCUCCUUGGCCUUGCUGUCCGGUGACGAAGAGGACCCGGGCCGCUGUUGCGACCGCAGCCAAGUGUUCGCGGUGUCCCUGCUGUGCGGUACAGCCGUCGCAGCCGCCCUUAUGUCUGUGCUGUCCGUGUGCGCUGUUUACAUGAUGUGA